AUGGUUAAACGGCUCUUCAUCGAUACUGACGAUGUGUGGUCCGAGUUGGGGGCGGAUUUCACAGUUCUAAGGACCAAACAAUCUAAAUCGCAUGCUGGCUCAAGUCCCAAUUCCCCCGUGCCAGUCCCUACCCCAACUCCCACACCGCCCCCCGAAUCAAUGGAGAGCGUUGCCUUCUCUUCGAUAAUCACAUAUACCGAUGAUACACCUAAUGAUACACCUGAUGAUACACCUGAUGAUACAUCUGGGGUUGACUUUUUUGAUCUAUCAACGGCCUCCUCUUCACUUUCGACACUCAGCUCUACCUCUACCGAUUUCAGCAUGAUCGAGGAACCAGCUGAAACGGAGAACAUGAUGGACCCCAAGAGCUAUACUAUGACCCUUUGCACCAUCAGAUUCAACAAUUUAUACUAUCUAGACUUUCAAAUACCCUGGACGCAUCGCGACCCAUGCUUCGAUCUUACCCAGGAUCCAGUUUUUUGGCCCGAAUUCUUUGGCAGUAAUCCGAACUAUAAACACACCAAGAACUCCAUUCCCUACAUUCAACGCUGUCUCAACAUAAUGUACGAAAGGACUGGAGAUGUGAGCAAUUUGCUUGCUGCUCUUAUAUUUUCUUGGAUAUACGAUGAUGAUGAAGGAACUGACGGCUUUUGGGCAAAGCUCUAUGAACAGAUUAUGGGAAGCUUGCUUUUCAAGAAUAUAUAUGGUCAAGAUAUUGUUUACCUAGGAAGAUUCGAGAUGCCAGGCGGUGUAACCAAAGCCUGCUGGAACAAGGCGAUGCAGGAAUUUUUCGAGGAUAAAGGGCAUUUAGGCGAAUCUGUGUAUUUUGCAGUCACUUGUGGUGGUGGGAUUGAAUGGCUUGAAAGAGAGCCGGCAGAGCAAAUUUUGGCAAGAGAGGAGAUGGAGACUGAAUGGGUAGUCGAGUUACCAAGAAACGAAUACUAUUGCUGA